GGCCGGGAGCCUCCGCGGAGCCUUCCGGGCCUCCGCGACCAUGUCGGAACAGGCUCCCGAAGUUCCAGAGGAGAUGUUCAAGGAGGUCAAGUAUUACGCGGUGGGCGACAUCGACCCGCAGGUUAUCCAGCUUCUGAAAGCUGGGAAAGCUAAAGAAGUGUCCUACAAUGCGCUGGCCUCACACAUCAUUUCAGAGGACGGGGACAACCCGGAGGUUGGCGAAGCCAGGGAAGUCUUUGACUUACCUGUUGUAAAGCCUUCUUGGGUGCUGCUGUCCGUCCAGUGUGGAGCUCUUCUGCCAGUAAGUGGUUUUUCUCCAGAGUCGUGUCAGAUCUUUUUUGGAAUCACUGCCUGCCUUUCUCAGGUGACGUCGGAAGACAGAAGUGCCCUGUGGGCUUUGGUUACAUUCUAUGGGGGAGACUGUCAGCUGACCCUCAAUAAGAAAUGCACACACUUGAUUGUUCCAGAGCCAAAGGGGGAGAAGUACGAAUGUGCUUUAAAGCGAACCAGCAUUAAGAUUGUGACUCCUGACUGGGUCCUGGACUGCAUAUCUGAGAAGAGCAAAAAGGAUGAAGCGUUUUAUCAUCCUAGGCUGAUUAUUUAUGAAGAAGAAGAAGAGGAAGAAGAGGAGGAGGAGGAAGUGGAAAAUGAGGAGCAAGAUUUUCAAAAUGAGGGUAGCACGGAUGAAAAGUCCAGCCCUGCCAGCUCGCAGGACGGGUCUCCUCCAGGUGACCAGCAGUUUUCCCCCAAGGCCAACAUUGAGAAAUCUAAAGGAGAAUUGAUGUUUGACGACUCUUCAGAUUCAUCACCUGAAAAACAGGAGAGAAAUUUAAACUGGACCCCAGCUGAAGUCCCACAGUUAGCUGCAGCCAAACGCAGACUGCCCCAGGGAAAGGAGCCUGGGCUGAUUAACCUGUGUGCCAAUGUCCCUCCAGUCCCAGGGAACAUUUUGCCUCCUGAUGUCCGGGGUAAUUUAAUGGCUUCUGGACAAAACCUCCAAAGUUCUGAAAGAUCUGAAGUGAUAGCUCCGUGGAGUCCAGCUGUGCGGACACUGAGAAAUAUUACUAACAAUGCUGACAUUCAGCAGAUUAACCGACCAUCAAAUGUAGCACACAUAUUACAAUCCCUUUCCGCACCUACAAAAAAUUUAGAACAGCAGGUGAAUCACAGCCAGCAGGGACAUGCAAACGCCAACACGGUGCUGUUUAGCCAAGUGAAAGUGACUCCCGAGGCCCACAUGUUGCAGCCGCAGCCCCCGCAGCCCCAGCACCCAGUCCUGCACCUGCAGCCCCAGCAGAUGAUGCAGCUCCAGCCACAGCCACAGCCGUACCCCCAGCCGCAGCCGCACCAGUUCCCGCAGCAGCAGCAGCAGCAGGUCCACCAGCACCAGUUCCCGCAGCAGCAGCUGCAGUUUCCACAGCAACAGCUGCACCCUCAGCAGCAGCUGCACCGCCCCCCACAGCAGCUCCAGCCAUUCCAGCAGCAGCAGGCCCUGCAGCAGCAGCUGCACCAGCUCCAGCAGCACGGUCUGCUCCAGCAGCAGCAGCAACUGGCACAGCUCCAGCAGCACGGCCUGCUCCAGCAGCAGCAGCAGCACCUGCAGCAACACCAGCUGCAGCGCGUGCACCAGCAGCAGCAGCUGCAGAGCCAGCCAGUGCCGCACCUGAGUCAGCCGGCCCCAGCCCUGCAGCACCAGGCCCCGCCCCAGCCGCCACCGCCACAGCAGCAGCAGCAGCUUUUUGGACACGACCCAGCAGUGGAGAUUCCAGAAGAAAGCUUCUUACUGGGAUGUGUGUUUGCAAUUGCGGAUUAUCCAGAACAGAUGUCUGAUAAACAACUACUGGCCACCUGGAAAAGGAUAAUCCAGACGCAUGGUGGCACUGUGGACCCCACACUCACCAGCCGAUGUACACACCUUCUCUGUGAGAGUCAGGUCAGCAGCCUGUAUGCUCAGGCAAUAAGAGAGAGAAAGAGAUGCAUCACUGCACAUUGGUUAAACACGGUCUUGAAGAAGAAGAGAAUGGUGCCCCCUCACCGAGCCCUUCACUUCCCAGUGGCGUUCCCGCCGGGAGGGAAGCCAUGUUCCCAGCAUAUUAUUUCUGUGACUGGAUUUGUUGAUAGUGACAGAGAUGACCUAAAAUUAAUGGCGUAUUUGGCAGGUGCCAAGUACACGGGUUACCUGUGUCGCAGCAAUACCGUUCUCAUCUGUAAAGAACCAACUGGUCUCAAGUAUGAGAAAGCCAAAGAGUGGCGGAUCCCCUGUGUCAAUGCACAGUGGCUCGGGGACAUCCUCCUAGGGAGCUUUGAGGCGCUGAGGCAGGUUCAGUACAGUCGCUACACCGCCUUCAAUCUGCAGGACCCGUUCGCCCCGACUCAGCAUCUGGUUUUAAAUCUUCUAGAUGCUUGGAGAGUUCCAUUAAAAGUGUCGGCAGAGUUGUUGAUGGGUGGAAGACUACCUCCCAAAACGAAACAAAAUGAAGUAACGAAUGUCCAGCCUUCUUCCAAAAGAGCCAGAAUAGAGGACAUCCCGCCUCCCACUAGGAAGCUAACCCCAGAGUUAACCCCUUUUGUGCUGUUCACUGGAUUUGAGCCUGUCCAAGUUCAGCAGUAUAUUAAGAAGCUCUACCUUCUUGGUGGGGAGGUCGCUGAGUGUACGCAGAAGUGCACGCACCUCAUUGCCAGCAAAGUGACGCGCACGGUGAAGUUCCUGACGGCCAUCUCGGUGGUGAAGCACAUAGUGACGCCAGAGUGGCUCGAGGAGUGCUUCAAGUGUCAGAAGUUCAUUGACGAGCAGAGCUACAUCCUCCGCGACGCCGAGGCUGAGGUUCUUUUCUCCUUCAGUUUGGAAGAGUCCUUAAAGCGGGCACACAUUUCUCCGCUCUUUAAGACAAAAUAUUUUUACAUCACGCCGGGAAUCUGUCCAAGCCUGUCCACGAUGAAAGCCAUUGUGGAAUGUGCAGGAGGAAAAGUGUUGUCUAAGCAGCCGUCCUUCCGCAAGCUCAUGGAGCACAAGCAGAACAAGAGUUUGUCAGAAAUCAUCUUAAUAUCAUGCGAAAAUGACCUUCAUUUAUGUCGAGACUAUUUCACUAGAGGAAUAGACGUCCACAACGCAGAGUUUGUUCUGACUGGAGUGCUCACACAGACACUGGACUAUGAAUCAUAUAAAUUUAACUGACUGACGCGUCUGGACUGCGCUGUGGCUGGAGUCGGCGGUGGGAGUCCGUGCUGCGGGAGGGAGCCAGCGGCCUUCUCCAGAAGCUCUUGUUUUCCGGCUGCUUUCUUAGGGCACAAGACUUUAAAGCAGGAAAACAAAUAUAAUAAAUAUACUGCAUCUUAUUUAGAUGUGUGAUUUUUAUCCUGAGGAAACAUAAAUUAUGUUUUGUAUUAUACAAUUUUCGGAGCCCACGUUAGGUUUUAUGAUUCAUUUGCCAGGUUUUUAAAUGUUUUCACAAAACCAUCACGGGACUUCAGCUACAAGUGAAAUGGUGUAAAUAAAGACCUUACUAUCUCUAAAUUAUGGAUGUUAAAGAUUUGAGAUGUUUUGUACUUUAUUUUUAUUUCUUAUACUCUGUUUUCUUUUGUAUUGAUAUCUUGCCCACAUUUUAAAUAAAUGUAAUUUUGAACUU